GCUAUCGAUCAACGGCUCGGUAGUGAGAGUGUUUCGCGGCGUUCAACAUGGCAAGACUUGCUGCGAGCAUGUCAGCAUGGAGACAAACAAGACAGCUACCAACGCUUUCGAAUGCCUAAUAUCAUACAUGACCAAAACCGAGACAAAAAGACAUGAUAUGGACAGUGGUUGAACUGGCUGGAGGGCGGCGGGUGCUGGCCUUACCACUUCCGGGUUGCCCCUUCUUCUUAUUCUUCUUCUUCUUUUGCUGGCUCCACUCUUUCUCGUCUGGUCCGCGACUUCAUCUGUUCUUCAACUGCUUGAUGAAGCCCCCGAUGUCGCUGCCACUACCUUGGCUGUUCUGGCUAUGUGGCUGGGGCGGUAUAUCAGAGGAAAUUGCUAGAUUGGUAGGGGCAUGGUGGUCUUCUGCUCUGGUUGGUCGGCGAGCGAGUGGUCCAGCGUAUUUUUCAGACCGAACCUCGCCCCGUUUAGAGUAUCAAUCAUCAAUCGUAUCCAUGCCAGCCCUACUUUCAUGCCAACAAUGUCGUGGCAUCCAGCCCUGUUGCUUGUUAAUUCAUCUGACAAGGUAACUUGCGAGGCACCGUGCAAAAUUUGCUGACUCUCCAGGUGUGUUGUAUCGUGUCCUGUCGUUCCUUACGUUCGCGAUUACUGGCCGUACCAGUCUGCAAUCUCAAGUGCGAUGCAUCGUGCCUGCCAGCCAUAUUGACAGGAGAAGUGCAUUCACCAUUAUUCAAUGCCAUUGGAGGAUAUACAUAAUGCUGAGCGCUACAUAUACACAGGGCGAAAGUUGGCACUAGUGAUGCUGAAGACUUCGGCCAAGA